AUGACCUUCGAAAAGACUUCACGUAACAUCGUCCGAUUCCUCCGUCAUGACGCCUCUGCUUCGAGAGAUCCAGCGGGAUAUGUACCAGUCUGGUACAUUUGUCAUCUAUUCUCCAUCACCAGAGACAUGCUAAUGUACAUCGUUUGCCAUGUUGCAGGAGACAGACUCAAUCUGUCUGAUUGUCAACAAUUCGUCCGAACAUGCGGUGGCCAUUCUACAGAUGACAUAGACAUCACUAGAAUUGGAAAGCUGAUUACAGAUCCACGAGAUGUCCGCUACUGCGUGCACGGAACGACCAGGGCUGCCUACGAAGAAAUCAAAGUACAUGGCCUUAGCCGCAGAAAUCGCCAGAUGAUCCACUUUGCGGACACCAAGACUCUUGUCAAGAAGAACUCAGAGGUUCUUAUACAUCUUGAUGUGAAACGGUAUCUCGCCAAAGGCAGGCCACUGUAUCGUCUUCGCAAUGGUACAUUAGCGACACCAGGGAACGUUAAAGGGAUGGUUAAGACGAGUUUUUUCCAUCGAGUUCAGUUUCUCUGA